AUGAGUGAUGCUCUUUGCGGGCCGUCAAAUGCGCUUCAGAACUUUCAGAAGCAUGCAUCUGUUGAUAGGACACUUCAACAAGAUAGGUUGAUCUCGCGGCAACCGCAAUCUCAAGGCUUCCGGUCGCAAAAUACAAAUGAAGGAUCCUUGGACCCUGAAUUCGCCGCGUUCGAGUCCAACCUCGCAGGACCAUCAGCGCCCCAGCUACACCAUGCAGGACCCUUCGCCGCCCCUGGUCCCUAUCAUCCAAUGCCCGGCCAUAUGGAAACUCCGAACUGGGCGUCAGACUUCCAACGGUUGCAGAUCUCGGGACCUUCACACCCAAUUCACCAACAACCUGGUCCAUCGAUGGCAGCGCAACAAGGAUGGCAGAACGAAUUUAUGGCUCAGCAACGACCGCAUCAGCCUCAACAGCAGCAGGCCCCCGGCCCGCAACACCACCAGCCCUACGGAUACGGGUUUCGACCAUCUUUUGCGCAAAACUAUUCUUUGAGCAGCGCCCAAAUGGAUAGCGCCCAAAUGGAUACUUUCCAGCCUCAGGAGACGGUGGAGAGUCAGCAGCCACAGGCAAAUGCUUUCGAUGAGUCGGCAUUUGAGGCGGCGUUUGAACAAGCUAAAGCCACCAUGGAAUUGGAAGAGACCAAUACCGCGCAGACCCAUGCCGAAAUUGUCAACGAAUCCGCUCAAUUCGAUCCCACUGUUCAACCAGAGACCCAUGAAGAAAUCAGGAUAGGGUCGGACACGAUUGCCCCCAAAGAAGAUACGCAAGGACGGCCAAACGAUGCGGAUGAGCUUGCUCGAACUGCUGGACAGCUGUUGAACAGCGUCAGCCACGAGACAAACGAAAAAUUUCAACAAAGCAACUUCCUUGCCUUAAUGCGCCGCAUUCGGGACCGAGAGGUCCAGAUUGAGGGAGAUGAAUUUCGCGAAACUGCGCAGUCCCUACAUCCUGGAGGCAAAUACUAUCCCCAAGAUAACAAGCAGCAACAGACACCAAGACCGGCAAGUCGAAAUGGCAAUGCGCACAUAAUUUCAAAUGGUACCAGUGAGUUCGAUCAGGCAGGAAGUUUAAACAUCUUGUCGUGA